CAGUUUAUGAAUGAUCAUAUUUACUAAAUGUUUAGUGAAUUGAAAUAUUUUUAUUUUGUUGUGUUAAAUUGUCAAAGUUUAUUACAUUAUUGUGAUUUGUUAAAAUUUAUUUAGACUAUCUAGUUUCACCAAUAUGUUAAUUAAGUUUAGGUCUUUACUAAAUUUUUCAUUGUAUAGGUCUCAACUUUCCGUAUCACCAUAUGUUUGUUCACGUUGUUUAUCCCAUCGAUCUGACUCUUAUUUCACUCUCAAUGAUGAAAAAUUUCGAGUCUAUGGACAAGAUUUUUUAAAAGAUGACUGGACCAGUGUAACACCUUAUAUUGUCAAGCUCUUACAGCGUAAUCUCAUUAAAACCCCGCAACAACCGAUACAUCUUGUCUCAGAAGCCACUAAAAAUUUCUUCAGGGGUUAUCAUGACUUUUAUUACGAUAAUCCGGUUGUGACGCCAGAGGAUAAUUUUGACGCUCUUUUAAUACCUAAAGAUCAUAUAUCAAGAUCCAAAAAGGACACAUAUUAUUUGACCAAAGAUUUUUUACUACGAACCCACACCUCUGCUCAUCAGAACCAUUGUUUAUCCAAAGGAGAAACCAAAUUCAUUUGUAUUGGAGAUGUUUACAGGAGAGAUGAGAUUGAUCGCAAUCAUUAUCCAGUUUUUCAUCAAUGUGAAGCAUUUGACACAUUUACAGCUCAAGAUUUAGGAUUACCGACUAUCUAUAAGGACAAUCCAACUACACGAGAUGAAAGCAGCCAGGAAAGUUAUAGUGCUGAAGCAACUGCUAUAGUUGAAGCCAAAUUGAAGCAACAGAUCGAAAACUAUGUCAAAUUUCUACUGAAUUUCGAUUUUGAAUCAAGAUGGAUUCCUGGAUAUUUUCCAUUCACUCAUCCAAGUUGGGAAUUUGAAAUAUUAUACCAGGGUAAAUGGUUAGAAGUCGUUGGAUCUGGAAUUGUUGAAGAGAAAAUAUUGCUGAAUAACGGAAUAACUGGUAAAAUUGGAUGGGCACUUGGUUUUGGUCUUGAACGAUUGGCAAUGGUAAGGUACAAGGUACCCGAUGUCAGAUUAUUUUGGUCACAAGAUCCUGCUUAUUUGAUUCAGUUCCGUGAUUUGAAGCCAACAGACAACUACGAAUUUAAACCAAUAUCUAAAUUUCCAAGUCGAACUUUUGAUAUUUCUUUUUGGAUUCCUGAAGAUCUAAAUUGGUCAGAAAAUGAUUUCUACGAUUUGUGUCGAUCUCUUGGGGAAGAAUGUAUAGAAAUAGUCGAUCUAACAGACAACUAUGUGAAUUCAGAUGGACGAAGAUCACAAUGUUUCAAAGUAGUUUACAGAGGAUUUGACCAAGCUAUAAGUAAAAGUACGGCCUAUGCAAUUCAUAAGAAAAUUGAACAAGAAGUUGUGAAUAGAUUUAAAGUAGAAAUUAGGUAAAUUAAAUAUUCAAUCUAUCAAGAAAUAGACGAUAUAAUUACAUUUUAUAUUUUGAUAAGUUAAACUUUGACUUUUACAACUCUAAACUAACUUGAUUAAAGAAUCUAGAUCAAAAUUAACAGAAUUAUUAAAUAAUUAUUAUAUAUUUUAUUAACAUCCUUAAGUCCAUCCGGCGAACAGCAUGAACAGAUUUAUUGUAGUGUUUACCAUUCUGAUAGUAAAGCUUACUGAAUUUAGAGUAGAUGACCCAUGCAGUGACAUGAAAAUCAACUUGUUGAGUGAUCGAUGUUUACGCCAUUUAGCGAAACCAACUGUAAGAAUUAUCAACUUUGAAGCAAAAAAGCAUAAUUAAUAAUAAAUAAUUCAUGAUUUGA